GGUGAGCGCUGGGCCAAUGGAAGGAGUUGUUGUUAGGCUGUCUAGAAGAACCGGUCGGGGAGGGAGGAAGGUGGCAAGAUGGUGUUGGAAAGCACUAUGGUUUGCGUGGACAACAGUGAGUACAUGCGGAAUGGGGACUUCUUACCCACCCGGCUGCAGGCUCAACAAGACGCUGUCAACAUAGUCUGUCACUCUAAGACCCGCAGCAACCCGGAGAACAACGUGGGCCUCAUCACACUGGCCAAUGACUGUGAAGUGCUGACCACACUCACCCCCGACACCGGCCGCAUUCUUUCCAAGCUCCACACUGUCCAACCCAAGGGCAAGAUCACCUUCUGCACUGGCAUCCGCGUGGCCCAUCUGGCUCUGAAGCACCGACAGGGCAAGAAUCACAAGAUGCGCAUCAUUGCCUUUGUGGGAAGCCCCGUGGAGGACAACGAGAAGGAUCUGGUGAAACUGGCUAAACGUCUCAAGAAGGAGAAAGUAAAUGUUGACAUUAUCAAUUUUGGGGAAGAGGAGGUGAACACAGAAAAGCUGACAGCCUUUGUAAACACAUUGAAUGGCAAAGAUGGAACCGGUUCUCAUCUGGUGACAGUGCCCCCUGGGCCCAGCUUGGCCGACGCCCUCAUCAGUUCUCCGAUUCUGGCUGGUGAAGGUGGUGCCAUGCUGGGUCUUGGUGCCAGUGACUUUGAAUUUGGAGUGGAUCCCAGUGCUGAUCCUGAGCUGGCCCUGGCCCUCCGUGUCUCUAUGGAAGAGCAGCGGCAGCGGCAGGAGGAGGAGGCCCGGCGGGCAGCUGCAGCCUCCGCGGCUGAGGCAGGGAUUGCUACAGCUGGGGCUGAAGACUCAGACGACGCUCUGCUGAAGAUGACCAUCAGCCAGCAGGAGUUUGGCCGCACCGGGCUCCCUGACCUAAGCAGUAUGACUGAGGAGGAGCAGAUCGCCUAUGCCAUGCAGAUGUCCCUGCAGGGUGCAGAGUUUGGCCAGGCAGAAUCAGCUGACAUCGAUGCCAGUUCUGCCAUGGACACAUCUGAGCCUGCCAAGAGGCAGCCCCGCCCCCAGACGGUCAGGUGGAGAGAGGGGCUCAGGCAGCAGUGCGCUGCGCAGGCGACCCCGCCCCCGCCCCGGGCCGACACUGCCCUUUUGCAGGAGGAGGAUGACUAUGACGUGAUGCAGGACCCUGAGUUCCUUCAGAGUGUCCUGGAGAACCUUCCAGGCGUGGAUCCCAACAAUGAAGCUAUUCGAAAUGCCAUGGGGUCCCUGGCCUCGCAGGCCAACAAGGAUGGCAAGAAGGACAAGAAGGAGGAGGAGAAGAAGUGAGACUGGGGGCAGGCGGCUGAGCCUGCUCGGGGGCUGCGGAGUGGGGGCGGGGUGUGGGGCUAGCUCACCUUACCUGGAACCAGGACAGCCUGAAUAAAGCUUGGCAACGUUUGUUUUUCUUUUGCUU